UUUUAAACUUUUUAUAUGAACAAUCAUGCACCAAAUGCCUUUGUUUAUGGCCGCCUAAGAGUGCCUUGUUUAAUCCAUGGACCUCAGGGUUGAUGAGGGCCUUUAUCUUCUCCCACCUCCAACCCGAUUUCUGGUUUCUGUCCAUCUCUGAAACCUCAAUCUCUCUGGUUUUGCCUUCCAUUGUCGGAGAUUUUUCCCUUUUAUCGUAUCUACGUGAGCAAAUUCAGCUCGAAACAGAACAGGCCAUCUUCUCUAACCGAGUGCGCCGUCAUUUUCAUUUAUGAUGAAUCCGUCAAACUCUUACUGGAGCGAUUGAUUAAUUUCUUCAAGUAAUUUUUUUCUCCGGCCGAAAAAAUGGAUCUGCUCUCUACCAAAAAUCAUACCCGAAUGCGUUCCACAAAGGAUGACCUCAUCCUCUCCAUCCUCCCACUCUUGAAACUCAUCUGCCUCACAGUUAUCGGCUUAAUCCUCAGCCACCCCAAAACCCAACUAGUCCCCAAAGCCACCUUCAAACUCCUCAGCAAGCUCGUAUUCGCCCUUUUCCUCCCCUGCACCAUCUUCAUCCACCUCGGCGAGACCAUAACCCUCGAAAAUUUCUUCAAAUGGUGGUUCAUUCCCGUAAACGUCAUCCUCAGCACAGCCAUCGGCUGCCUUUUGGGCCUUCUAGUCGCCAAAAUCUGCCGCCCUCCGCCCGAAUACUUUCGCUUCACCGUCAUCAUGACUGCCUUCGGCAACACUGGCAAUCUCCCCCUCGCCAUAGUGGGCUCCGUCUGCCACAGCCCGGAUAACCCUUUCGGGCCCUCUUGUAACGUUCUCGGCACCGCUUACGUGUCGUUUGCCCAAUGGGUAGCUGUCCUUCUCGUCUACACGCUCGUCUACCACAUGAUGGAGCCCCCAAUGGAAUACUAUGAGCUCGUCGAGGACAACGAGAUUCACGAGCACGUUGGGCCCGCUGCUGACCUCAGCAGGCCUCUUCUCGUCGAAGCCGAGUGGCCUGGAAUGGAAGAUCGAGAGACCGAACACUGUAAAACCCCGUUAAUCGCUCGGGUUUUCGGGAGCUUCUCGCAAUCUUCAAUCCCGGAGCCCGAUUCUUUAGAGGAAGGUGGAGAAUUAAGUGAUUCGGGCCCGAAAAGCCCGAAAUCUGUCAGGUGUUUGGCUGAGCCGCGAGUGGUGAGGCGAAUAAGAAUCGUGGCUGAAAAGACUCCAAUCCUUCACAUUCUCCAGCCGCCGAUGGUGGCAACUCUGUUGGCUUUCUUUGUUGGGAUGGUGCCACCGAUUAAGUCGGUGGUGUAUGGUGAAGAUGCCAUGCUGGCGUUCGUGAGUGAUAGUCUGGAAAUAUUGGCUGCGGCUAUGGUGCCGUCUGUGAUGCUUAUUCUUGGUGGGAUGCUUGCGGAAGGGCCCGACGAGUCGAGGCUCGGGGGAAGGACGACUGUUGGGAUUAUGGUGGCGAGGCUUGUGGUGCUGCCGAUUAUUGGGAUUGGGGUCGUGUGUUUGGCGGAUGUGUUGGGGUUUUUGGUGAAUGGGGAUCAGAUGUAUAGGUUUGUGCUUCUGUUGCAGUACACGACUCCGAGUGCGAUUUUGCUGGGCGCUGUUGCGAGUUUGAGAGGGUAUGCGGUGAAGGAGGCCUCGGCUUUGCUGUUUUGGCAGCACGUGUUUGCGGUUUUGUCGCUGGCGAUUUGUGUCAUUGUUUACUUCAGGAUGUUGCUCUCGUACGUGUGAGCUCAUAACUCACAAAGAGUGGAAAUACUAUGAGUGGGUAUUCUCAUACACACACAUUUUGGUCUCGCGGUACACGAGGAGUUUGUGAAUAGUUCAGUUUGUACGAAGCUUGUUAUGUUCAAUGUAUUUAAUAAAAUAGCGGAAAGGAAGAUUUAUAUUUUUCUUGGGGCAUUGGGGUUCUGUUCUGUGUAUAUCUAUGGUAAAUUUUAUGACACAUUUUUUUGAUAAUAAGACCAUCUUUAUCCCCUCCCAACCCAACAGAUAAAUAUGGUCUAAAAUAU